AUGGAACAAACUUUAGACAAUAUCGUUAAGAAAAACCUCAAACCAGAAGAUUUGAAGCAAUUCAACAGAAUUCACUAUGGCAGAGAGGAUCAUUGUGAAUUGAAAUUAAAAGAAUCAACGAUAAAAAAAUGCCACGAAGCUAACAUAGAAGUUGCUGGCUAUUACUUCACGGCUAAUAGAGAACAAAUUCGCGAUCCAAGGUAUGUGAAAGUGGGAGUUAUUCAACAUUCCAUUGUACAGCCUACAGAUAAGCCACUUAGUGAACAGAGAGCAGCAAUUUUAAAAAAAAUCACUAAUGUCAUAGACAUUGCAGCUGCAGAGGGUGUGCAAAUACUCUGCUUACAAGAAAUGUGGUAUAUGCCCUUUUUCUUAUGUACAAGAGAAAAAGAUAAAUGGGCGGAAUUCGCGGAGUCUGCUACAGAAGGACCUGUCUUUAAUUUCCUUUCUCCGAUAGCAAAAAAAUAUCAAAUGGUUUUAAUAUCAUCUAUACUGGAAAAUGACAAUGGAACAUGGUGGAAUACUGCAGUAGUUAUAAAUGAAAAUGGACAAUAUAUGGGGAAGCACAGAAAGAAUCAUAUACCUAGUGUUGGUAGCUUUAGUGAAACCUCUUAUUACGCUCCUGGAAAUUUAGGGCAUACAGUUUUCAAUACUAAAUAUGCAAAGAUUGCUAUAAACAUUUGCUACGGAAGACAUCAGGCGUUAAACUGGCUUAUGUUUGGACUAAACGGUGCCGAAAUUGUAUUCAACCCUGCAGCAACAAUUUCGGAAUUCGGAGAGUCUUUCUGGGGUAUUGAAGCAAGAUGCGCCGCUGUCGCUAAUUCAUAUUUCACGUGUAGCAUCAACAGAGUAGGCACUGAAGUGUUUCCUGUAAUAAAAGACGGAAGAAAAGAAUUUAUUACAAGAUCAUAUUAUGGAUCAAGCUAUAUAACAGCACCUAAUGGACAUAGAACCCCGAGUUUAUCGAGAGUGAGGGACGGUUUAAUAAUAUCAGUUUUGGACCUAAAUCUAUGUCGGCAAAUGAAAGAUCAGUGGGGAUUCAACAUGACUUCUCGAUUGGAUAUGUACGCGGAAAAACUAUCGCAAAAAAAAGAAACUUAA